AUGUCACAACAAUCAUUGGUAUUUUAUAUUACAGGCGCAUCAAAGGGACUGGGAAAGGUGUUUACUCAGAGAUUGUUGGAGAAGGGACAUAAGGUUGCUGCAACAUCGAGAGACACUGAUCAGUUGAAGAGUGCAAUUACCAACGCUUCGGAUGAUGCUUUCCUGCCAUUGAAGGUCGACUUGGUAAAUGAGCAAUCGGUCUCUGAUUCAUUGGCCGCAGCAGUGGCCAAGUUUGGCCGUAUUGAUGUCGUCAUCAAUAAUGCCGGCUUUGGUAUCGGUGGAACGACCGAGGAGAUGAGCGACAGCGAGUUGCGCCAGAACUUUGAUAUCAACUUCUUUGGCCUGGUCAAUGUAUUGAGAAACGUCGCGCCAAUCCUUCGCAAGCAGGCCAGUGGAUUCGUCCUCAACAUCUCGUCAAUCGCCGGAUUCGUCGGUCACUACCCAGGCUUUGGAGCAUACUGCGCCACCAAGUUUGCCGUUGAUGGUAUCACUGAGGGCUACGCUGCCGAGUUGCAACCAUUUGGAGUGCGCGUGGCCACCAUCAACCCAGGAUACUUCCGCACAGAUUUCCUCAGAGCCGAGUCAUUCCUGACCACCAAGAUCAAGAUCGAUGCCUACGAGGCUGCACACAAGGUCGAGGAAGUGCACCGUACCCAAGUCCAUGGCAAUCAACAGGGUGAUCCAGCCAAGCUCCUUGACGUCAUCCUACAUCUUGUCCAAAACACAUCGAUUGAGAACGUUCCCCUGCAUCUCUUUGUUGGACCCGAUGCCCACACUCAUGCCAAGGAUAAGAUUGCAAGAUUGAACAAGGAUCUUGAUACCUGGGAGACUUUGGCCAAGUCCACCAACCAUGAUGAUGUUGUUGCCAAGCAGCAAUAA